AAACUUAUUUUAUCUGUAAACUGUCAGCAUUUUCUGUAAACGUCAUGGGGAUAUUGGAUGUUUUUCUCCAGUCCUCCAGUUCUCUCUCCCUGUUGGGGGCUCUGUUGGUCCUGCUGCUCGUCUACCUCAUCUCAUCCUCUAGCUUCACCUCCCAGGAGGAUGGGAAAGAUCCUCCGGGACCAAAACCACUUCCCCUGCUUGGGAAUCUGCUGCAGCUGGACCUCAAGAGACCCUACCAGUCAUUACUGGAGCUUUCCAAGAAAUAUGGGUCAGUGUUCACCGUCUAUCUGGGACCCAAGAAAGUCGUGGUCCUGGCUGGAUACAAGACAGUGAAGGAGGCACUUGUUAAUCAUGCUGAAGAGUUUGGAGACAGAGAUCCAAUACAACUUAUGCAUGAUGCUAGUAAAGGAAAUGGUAAGGAAAGACAAAAACUGAGCUCUUUCCAAAUGAUCACCCUUUUCAUGUUUAUAGCCUUUACCCAAUUUCAGCUACUUAGUUACCAUAUUUUGUUUUACUACUUCAUCUCAGGGGUUUUAUGGUCCAAUGGUGAUUCGUGGAAAGAGAUGAGGCGCUUUGCCUUGACCAACCUGAGAGACUUUGGGAUGGGCAAGAAGGCUUGUGAGGACAAAAUCAUUGAGGAAUGUGACUAUCUCAUUGAAGUGUUUAAGAAAUUUAAAGGAGAAGCUUUUGAUACAACUCAACCAAUGAACUAUGCAGUCUCUAACAUUAUCUGCUCAAUUGUUUAUGGCAGCAGAUUUGAAUAUGAUGACCCAGAAUUUACAUCCCUGGUGGAUCGAACAAACAGAAACAUUCAGCUUGCGGGCUCCCCAUCAAUACAGGUGUACAACAUGUUCCCAUGGAUCUUUAACUGGGUUUCUAACAGGAAGGAAAUGCAGAAGUUGACUAGCACCAAUAUUAAACAGAAUUUACUGCUGUUCAGUCGUUUGAAAGAGACCCUCAAUCCACAGAUGUGCAGAGGAUUUGUGGAUGCCUUUCUGGUCCGAAAGCAAAAUCUGGAGGAAUCUGGGAUUACCAACAGUCACUUCCACGAUAAUAAUCUUAUGAUAACAGUCCUGAAUCUGUUUUCUGCCGGCACUGAUACAACAGCAACUACGCUGAGAUGGGGACUUCUGCUGAUGGCCAAGUAUCCAAAAAUACAGGACCAGGUCCAGGAGGAGCUGAACAGGGUAAUAGGAAGUCAUCAGGUGCAGGUUAAGGACAAGAAGAAACUGCCCUUCACUGACGCUGUCAUCCACGAGACACAGAGACUGGCCAACAUCAUCCCCAUGGCACUUCCUCAUAAAACAAGCCAAGACAUCACUUUCCAGGGUCACUUCAUUAAGAAGGGGACCACAGUGUAUCCUCUCUUGACUUCUGUCCUGUAUGAUGAGAGUGAGUGGGAGAGCCCACACACCUUUUAUCCUGCCCACUUCCUGGACAAAGAUGGAAAGUUUGUCAAGCGAGAUGCCUUCAUGCCUUUUUCUGCAGGCCGCAGGAUUUGUCUUGGAGAAAGUCUGGCCAGGAUGGAGCUCUUCAUCUUCUUCACCACCCUCCUGCAACACUUUCGCUUCUCUCCUGCACCUGGAGUUUCAGAGGAUGAACUGGAUCUGACUCCACGUGUGGGCUUUACCCUCAACCCUUCACCUCAUAAACUGGUUGCUGUUUCCUAUAUGUGAUCUGUAGUAGCUUGAAAAUGCUGCUUUGACUAUGAUUUUAAUUCAGAUAUAUUCAAGAAAGUACAGUAGAUUACAUAAUUUGUACAGUGCAAUAUUCCAUGCAGUGCAACAGCAGUGAACAUGCAUGUCUGUCUAUAGAUCCUCCUAAAUAUUACACACUAAACCUUUAACUUACGUAACUAACAUACUUGUUUUAACCCAAAUCAUGAUCUUUUCCUGAACUUUACAAAGUAGUUUUGGUGCCUAAACCUAACCAAAUUGCGACAUUAACCCUUCACAAUGUUAAGUACUGGUUUUGUUUUCAAAGUCAAACUGGACGUUGCAUAUUUAUUAUUUCUAAGUUGGCUGCAGUGUUCAGUUCUAUUUUUUUUUUCCAGAUGACAAUACUGUUACAUAACCUGCUAAAACAAGUGUUAAGUGAUCUUUUAAUUAUGAACUAACUGAUGUAACAGCAGAGACUUUUUUAAAAACAGUUUUACUACUAUUGAUUUACUUUGUCAAACAAUUGUUUAUUAAUGUCCCUUGUCUGUCUUCAAAUAAACCUUUGCCCUGUCUGGCACCCAAA